AUGUAUUAUCAGUGCAUUCCCAUAAUAAAUCACAGGCACUCCAGCACCUCCACCGGCUCUGCGGAGGAAGUGAACAGAGACGCAGCACGCUGGAGUCAAGUUUGGUUGAACUCCGAUAUGUUCAUUAACACGACAGCGGUUGCGUUUCUCCACUGAUGGAUUUUAUCAUAUUACAGAUGUUUAUGGUCGUGCUAACGGAAUGGAAAGGACACCUGGAUGAGCUGGACGACACAUUCCACUGGAAAAAGUCUCAUCCUACUUCCGGGUCUGCAGUUGUAGCGCAGGAUACUUGUGUGCUCUUGGAGAUCGACCCUGUCUGUGUGUAACAGCUUUCCAGGGACAUAACGAUGGAUUCCUUCGGGCGUGUGGAGUUCUUGCAGGCUCUAGCAGAGGGCUGUGUGCUGCCCACUGCCCAGCAGGGUUUAGAGCAGGUCUGGCAGCUUCUGCUCGUCUGCCUGCUGUGUCGGGUCAUCUGUAGACUAGGUGUCUCAUGUCAUGUGAAGCAUCUGAGCUCACUGGCGGGCGGCCUGUACGUGUUGUACACAUUCUUUGAGCUGCACAUGAUGUGGGUGAUUAUCCUGUGCCUGCUUUGCUACCUCAUCCUGCUCCUCAGCAUAAACUCCAGCAGCCGAGGAGUCUUCCUUUCUGUCGUCAUCCUUAUUUACAUGCUGAUGGGGGAGCUACACAUGAUAGACGCAGCGACCUGGCAUAAGAUGAGAGGAUCUCAGAUGGUGGUGGCCAUGAAGGCCAUCUCUCUGGCCUUUGACCUCGAUCGAGGCGCUGUGUCCUCUUUUCCCUCACCGCUGGAGUUCAUGGGAUACCUCUGCUUUGCGGGAACCAUUAUCUUUGGGCCAUGGAUCAGUUUCGCCAGCUACACAGAUGCAAUUAUUGGGUGCAAAAUGAGUGCUGGCUGGUUUGGAAAGAUUGCUCUGAGCUUUCUGAGGAGUCAGAUCUGCCUGGUUAUUUCCAGCUGUAUUGCUCCUUAUCUCUUUCCUUACUUCAUUCCCAUCUACGGUGAUGGACUUCCUCGUAGGUGGCUUCACGCUUAUGAAAAUGCGGUGUCCUUCCACUUCAGCAAUUAUUUUGUCAGCUACUUGAGUGAAACAACCACUGUGAUGGCUGGAGCUGGAUUCUCUGAGCACAAAGACCACAUCAAAUGGGAUAUUACAGUAGCUAAACCUCUGAAUGUGGAAUUGCCGAGGUCUAUGGUGGAAGUUGUUACCUCUUGGAAUCUGCCCAUGUCUAAGUGGCUUAAUGCAUACGUCUUUAAAAGUGCACUCAAACUUGGCACUUUUCCUGCCAUCUUGGUGACCUACACUGCCAGUGCAUUGUUACAUGGUCUCAGCUUUCAUCUGGGGGCCGUGCUGCUGUCUUUGGGAAUCAUCACUUAUGUUGAACAUGUUCUGAGAAAGCGGUUGGCGGCGAUUUUCAGUGCUUGUAUACUGUCAAAGCGCUGUCCAAAUGACUGUCAUCACCAAAAUAAGAAGAUGGUGUGGGUGUAUGGUGUUAACCUGUUCUUCAGUGCAUUGUCUAUAUUCCAUCUGACAUAUCUGGGAUCACUGUUUGACUCUGAAAUGGACAGCAUGCAUGCUGAGGAAGGUUACAUGGCCAGUCACACCAUUCAAAAGUGGUCGGAGCUAAACUGGGCGAGCCAUUGGGUGAUGUUUGGCUGUUUUGUGUUUUACUGGCUCAUUUAAAGAGAAUACUAUAGUACUGAGCAAUCAAAGGACCAUUCACUGAACCUGAACAUGAAAGAAGGUGGAUUCUUACCAUUGACUGCAUUUUUCAACUGUCAGUGUUACAUGCACACUUCUGUCCCUCAUCUGGAAAAGAGUGCCAUGGAAAGUGCCUUAUGACUCAUGUUGUUAAAAGAAUCAUAUUCUCAUAAUGUGGUCAUACUUGUUCUUUUUAUUUUGAUUUAGAUUUGGUACAAUUUUGGAUUAAACAAAAGAAAAAAUAUCAGUGUGCAGAGUAUAUUAAGUGUUAUUUGUAUCUCUUUUUUUUGUUCUCUCUGUACGGCUUGAUAUACAGUAGAAAGCAUAGUCUCAGUGUGACCUUGUUAUUGUCACUUUUAUAAAACAUGUUUCAUAUUUUUAUCAAAAGCUGUCAAUUAGGUCUGACAAUAAUAUUUAUUAUUUUCUAAUAAAA